CACUCUUCAGUCCUUGUCACUCACUCUAACGCGUACACACAACAAACUCAUUCCCCAUCUCUCUCUCCGACUUGCGAGACCGAGCGAUCUAACCCUACCGUCGCCAUGUUCCGCCGCGCAACAUCAUCCCUCGUGGCUCGCGCCGCCGCCAACACCCGCAGAUUCUCCACCGAUGUGGGUGCUCCCGCCGCCGCCGGCUCCAACUUCGAGGAUGCGUGGAAGAAAGUCAGCCCUAACGUCGACCCACCCAAGACCCCUCUCGAGUUCAUGAAGCCGCGCCCUCCUACUCCGAACACUCUCCCUACCAAGCUCACCGUCAACUUCGUGCUUCCUUACUCUUCCCAAUUGUCUUCCAAAGAGGUUGAUAUGGUCAUAGUACCAGCGACAACUGGGCAGAUGGGUGUUCUCCCAGGACACGUAGCAACAAUUGCAGAGUUGAAACCCGGGCUCCUUUCUGUACAUGAAGGAAAUGAUGUGACCAAGUAUUUUGUCAGCAGCGGCUUCGCCUUCGUCCAUGCAAACUCUGUUGCUGAUAUAAUAGCUGUUGAGGCUGUGCCACUCGAUCGAAUUGAUCCAAACCUAGUCCAGAAGGGUCUUCAAGAUUUCACUCAGAAGCUCAACUCAGCCUCAACUGAUUUGGAGAAGGCUGAAGCUCAGAUUGGAGUUGAUGUGCACAGCGCUCUCAACUCUGCACUUACAGGCUAAGUAACUGUAGUUGAAGCCUUCCUUUUCAUUUGUUUAUUUUCCCCUGGUCUGAUUUGUCUCCGUAUAAUCAAAGUUGCCAAAAGUCCAUUUUGAUCUUUUAUUUCUGUCUUGAUGACUUGAUAUAAAUAAUAUUUCAACAGCUUCUAUCUUGCUCGAGGAAGUUAGUUGUGCAAGACCUUGAAAUUAGAACAAGUUCAAGUUUUGUUUUGGAUUUUAAGCAAUACGAAUGGGCUUCGUUUAA